AUGUUCUUUAGCCUCGAUGGGCUGCUGGUGCGCGGCGAGGAGACGCCACUGCUGAGCGUCGCGGAGGGGCAGCAGCUCGUCGCGCUCUACCGCCUCCUCCACCGCCUGCACCGCUCCGGGCAGCCGCACGACAACAGCAGCCACAACGCCCCACCGCAGCUGCAGCAGCCAACACCUGCGGUGCCGUUCCCCAUGUUUCUGCAGCCGGAAGGUGAGGCCGCCGCGGUGGCAGCGGCACCCGGCUGCACCGAUGAUGGCAGCGGCGAGGUAAGCAACAGCGGUGGCAGCAGAAGCAGCAGCAGUAGCAGCGGCACCAGCAACACGAACAGAGCGGCGAAUCGUAUGGAGGAGGCGCACGUACGAGCACUGGCGCCCGGCGACGCCGUCAACGCCCCACGAAGCUGCAGUGGUGCGGAGUGGUCAGGGCCAGGAACAAAAACAACGAUGCAGGUGUGCACCUCGCAGCGGGAGCUGUUCUGUGUGCAGCGGGUGGUGCCAUCGACGUCGGAUGCCCUGUUCCUGUGUGGCGCGGCGACGCCCGCCCCGUGA